AUGGGGGUAUUAGAACUUUUUCUCCAGUCCUCCAGCUCUAUCUCCCUGUUGGGGGGUCUGUUGGUCCUGCUACUCGUCUACCUCAUCUCCUCCUCCAGCUUCAGCUCCAAAGAAGACAGUAAGGAACCUCCAGGACCAAAACCAUUUCCCCUAAUCGGGAACCUGCUGCAGCUUGACCUUAAGAGACUCUACAACACAUUACUGAAGCUUUCCAAGACAUAUGGAUCAGUGUUCACUGUGUAUUUGGGACCCCAAAAAGUGGUGGUCCUGGCUGGGUACAAGACGGUGAAAGAGGCACUUGUGAACUAUGCUGAUGAGUUUGGUGAAAGAGAUCCAAUGUUAAUAAUGCAGGAAUAUAAUGAAGGGCAUGGGCUUAUAUGGGCCAAUGGUGAUUCGUGGAAAGAGAUGAGGCGCUUUGCUUUGACUAACCUGAGAGACUUUGGGAUGGGCAAGAAGGCGAGUGAGGACAAAAUCAUUGAGGAAUGUGAACACCUCAUUGACGUUUUUAAGACAUUUAAAGGUGAAGCUUUUGAUACGACCCAAUCAAUGAACUAUGCGGUCUCUAAUAUUAUCUGCUCCAUUGUUUAUGGCAGCAGAUUUGAAUAUGAUGAUCCAGAGUUUACAUCCCUGGUAGAUCAAACCAACAGAUAUGUUCAACUUGUGGGCUCCCCGUCAGUACAGUUGUAUAACAUGUUUCCAUGGAUCGGUAAAUGGUUUGGAGGGAAGAAGGAAAUAGAGGCGAUAUUCGCUUUCAACAAGAAACAGAACUUACAGCUGUUCAGUCGUUUGAAAGAGACCCUCAAUCCACAGAUGUGCAGAGGCUUUGUGGACGCCUUUCUGGUCCGAAAGCAAAAUCUGGAGGAAUCUGGGAUUGCUAACAGUUACUUCAACGAACGCAACCUUAUGCAGACAGUUUUUAAUCUCUUUGCUGCUGGCACUGACACAACAGCAACUACUCUGAGAUGGGGACUUCUGUUUAUGGCCAAGAAUCCCAAAAUACAAGACCAGGUCCAGGAGGAGCUGAGCAGGGAGAUAGGAAGUCGUCAAGUGCAGGUUGAGGACAGGAAGAACCUGCCCUUCACCGACGCUGUCAUCCAUGAGACACAGAGACUGGCCAACAUCGCCCCAAUGGCAGUGCCUCACAAAACGAGCCAAGACAUCACCUUCCAGGGUCACUUCAUUAAGAAGGGUACCACAGUAUUUCCUCUGUUGACAUCUGUCCUGUAUGAUGAGAGUGAGUGGGAGAGACCACACAGCUUCUAUCCUGCUCACUUCCUGGACAAAGACGGGAAGUUUGUCAAGCGGGACGCCUUCAUGCCUUUUUCUGCAGGUCGCAGGAUUUGUCCUGGAGAGAGUCUGGCUAGGACGGAGCUCUUCAUCUUCUUCACCAGCCUCCUGCAGCACUUUCGUUUCACUCCUCCUCCUGGAGUUUCAGAGGAUGAACUGGAUCUGACUCCACGUGUGGGCUUCACCCUCAGCCCUUCACUCCAUAAACUGUGUGCUGUUUCCUGUAUGUGAGCAGUAGGGCUUGAAAA